AUGUUGACCUGUCCUCCAACCCGCAUCAACCUCACUGCCGCAGAUUGCUCUGACUUUGAACGCAGAUUUCUGGCUCGCCGAGCUAACCUUCACCAUCGACUGCGCGGCGCAGGCGUACAUGUUGGCCGAAGUCCUGGGCGCCCUGUGAGGCUUGGGUUCGUGCCAGCCAACGCUAACAAGGGCCGCGAGCGAGCACAAUCAUGUUCCUCUCAAGCCACUAUCUGCACUGAGGCCGACGACGAAGCUGAAGAUGUCGCCAUAACAGCACAAGCAGUUUCCCUACAGGCUUUGCGACCUCAACAAUCAACACUUGCCCUCCAUGGCGACAGAAGCAGACGCCCUGUCCAACCUUCUGCCUCUCCAAGUGCGAAGCAGUCAUCAUCUCGAGAGCCUUUGAGCCCCAUCCGGCCAGAACGAAUCCAACACGAUGCGCGCGAUAUCCAGCCGGCAGGGUCGAGGUCGCCAAGCAAGUCGCCCUCUGCUCGCCCAGGAUUUCUGCUCUACGCAGAUCCACCCCAUGUUCAGUCGCAGAUCGAAAGACAACACCGCAUCGAGUGGGCUCGUCGACACGGAUGGGAGCCAGAGAUUCCUUCCUUGCUGGAGACCAUUGUCCCUACCAUCGUAACGCAACCCCCAGCCAGCAGCCCGCUUCGAGAUGUACAAACUACCGACAGUCUCCCCAAUCCGGCUUUGGACCCAGGCGCCCCCGUUUUUGUGCCCAGAACGAGGUUCGGCUCCAAUUGGAGCAACGCAGCGGAUCAGAAUAACGCCGUUGUUCGGUCAGCUCGACAAGCGAGCAGCAUUGAAAGUGCGCAAAGCGAGACUCAUCUUCGUCUACGGUCUUCAUUCGAGCGUAAUUCUCAGCAUUCACCUCCGGGACAAGAUCAAGGCUUUGAGACCGAGGUAAUCCACACGACUGCGCAACAGCGCUCCCGAAGACGCGCCAACGAUCAAAAUGCCGCCUUGCGCGGACCAGUUCCCAAUCUCGACCGAUAUCCAGCCAUACACCCUCAGACUGCGUCUGUAAGCUCCAGAAGCCAUCGACAGGUUGUCUUGCCUCGCAGACAGAGCUCGCGACAACACCUGGUCGAGUUUGAGCGGACUCGUCGGCCAUCUCGUGAGACUAUCCAGCAUCGUGCAACCUCAUCAGCUCAAUACAGUAAUCUCACAGUGCCUCCCGGAAGCCUCCGGCCUAUCUCACCUGCAGCAUCCACAAGCAGUCAGUCGACUCCUAAUCUGUUGUAUGCACCCGCAGGUCCCCGCUUUCCGGUUCGAAGCAGCUCAUUAAGGGGUAACAGAGCUGCUCGCCCUGGAUAUGUCGAUGCUGGUAACAGAGGCAAUAGCAGAGCCACACAAAGAUCCAGCGAGUCCAGUGCCGUAUUUUCUGGAGAUUGGCUGUCGCGAGGGUCGCCGUUGGACGAGCUGGUAAAACACCUCAAUCACCUUGCAGGCCGCCCACGAUCCGUGGGGAGAUCAUUCGAACGUCCACCGGUAAAUCACGGUAGAGUGUCCCUGCUCAACGGCGACCCUUUUCGACUCAACGAGUCUCCUGAGCUGGAACCUGAAAAGGGGGAUGAAGAUGAGACAGGGUAUGCGACAUUCGAAGCCACAGUUCCUCUUCGCAGACGAGCCGAUAUUGUGGUGGCAGCAAGAAGCUCGCCGCCGAACGAAGACUGCCAGAGUCGCAGCUCGACUGAAGAAGAUCCAGUCGCCUUGGCUCUCGGUCUGCCGUCUCCAGAACUGCCCUCCUCUCCUGUUUCGCAAAACACAUCUUCGACCCAGCAAGCUACUCCUACGGCCAGGGCCUUGCGCCCCCCAACUAGUAAGGCACCAACACCGUCCCAUGUAUCGUCAGUAGCAGGUUCCACACCAACAGCUAUGACAUUGUUUACGGCUGUAACUGCAACACCGCGUGUCCCAGUCUACAAUGACAGCUUACCACCGAAUUCUCAGCCUCAGACGCCAGGAGACAUAGCUCGACGACCCCGUGGUCGCUUUGACCUUUCAGUAUCUACACGGCGCCAUCAUACCGGGGAAGCUAAUACGACUCCCACUCAAGGACGUACUCCCUACCGUCAUACUUAUCCAUCCGCAGUUCUACCUCAGGAGUCCCCUGAACAUUAUGGCAUCCCGGACAGAAUGUCACUGGCGGUCGAGCAGCUUGUCACAGAGACUCAGCAGGCUACUCGUGUGCAGCAGCAGCAGCAGCAGCAGCGAGGCUCGGGUUCUUCAGAGAACGAUAUCGAGCCUGCUAUCGGCGAGUUGGAAGAGAAUCGCCGGACUUGGGUGCAGCGACAGGAGAGUGGGUCUUUGGAUGUCACUCCACCGAGGGAGGGUCGUUUCGAGAGGUACCUGUCGUAA